UCUAAACCAUAACUAAUCCUCUCUCCCUCUCUCCCUCUCUCCCUCUCUCCCUCGACCAUGCCGGGGAGCAAGACUUCGUUAAAGGGUAGAAGAAGCAGCAAUGGCUUCUCUAGGAAAAUAGCAAGUCUAUUCUCCUUCUCACCAUCGGCUAAACCUCCUGCAACUACAUCCUGCCGCUGUGGCGCCAACACCAUGUUAACUCUCCGCCGGCUCUGCUCCCUCCUCCGACGACCCUUCCGCCGUCGAACUAAAUCUCCGGUCGUCAUUCGCCAAUUUCCACCCGUCGAAACCACCAACGAUCCGCCACCUCAGCUGAUCCGCAUCGCAACUUUCAACGUCGCCAUGUUCUCCAUGGCCGCCCCAACGCCCAACCCCGAAAACCCUACUGCAACCAAUCUCAACAUCGUCGGUAAAUCCCUAAACGACAGGCCCAAGGGCAUACUCAAACGGCAGCAGACGAUCUCCAAUUCAAAGAGGAGAGUCUCCAUCAAUCUCCCCGAAGACCAAAUCUCCAUCGAGAGAAGCAAGCAGCUUGCCUCUGCUGAUAAAUUACUCCAAAAAGGCAAGGCUCCAAUGUUUCAUCAGAACAACUUGAGCUUCGUCGAUCGAAUGAGAAAAACUGACACGAGUGUUCUUGAUGUGCUGAUGGAGGUAGAUGCCGACGUGUUUGCUCUGCAGAACGUGAAGGCCGAGGAGGAGAAGGGUAUGAAACCCCUCUCAGAUCUAGCUGAUGGGUUGGGCAUGAAGUAUGUGUUCGCAGAGAGCUGGGCUCCAGAGUUUGGGAAUGCGAUUCUCUCCAAAUGGCCUAUAAAGCAAUGCAGAGUUCAGAAAAUCUGCGACGACGCCGAUUUCCGGAAUGUGUUGAAGGCAACCAUCGAAGUGCCGAGAGCAGGAGAAGUUAAUCUGCAUUGCACACAUCUGGAUCAUCUCGACGAAGAAUGGAGGAUGAAACAAAUUAGGGCAAUGCUUCGAUCGAAUGACGGGCCUUACAUAUUGGCGGGAGGGCUGAAUACUCUUGAUGAAACAGACUACUCUGAAGAGAGGUGGAAUGAUAUUAUCAAGUACCAUGAAGAGAAUGGGAAGCCAAGGCCAAAGGCUGAGGUGAUGAGGUUUCUCAAGGGAAAGAAUUACGUUGAUUCCAAGAAUUUUGCAGGGGAAUGCGAAGCUGUUGUUGUGGUUGCUAAAGGGCAAGAUGUGCAGGGGACUUGCAAGUAUGGCACAAGAGUUGAUUACAUACUGGCAUCACCUGGUUCGCCCUAUAAAUUUCUUCCAGGUUCUUAUCGGGUCAUCUCAUCAAAAGGGACUUCAGAUCAUCAUAUUGUAAAGGUUGAUAUUGCAAUUAACGGUAAUGUUGAAAAAAAUCACAGAACACAAAAAUCUCAGAAAAGAUUAGUAAAAAUAGACGGUGUUUCUUCCAAAGGAAUUUGGAAAGUUAAUUCAUAAGUUCUGCUCUUUCAAUUUAUCUUUUUUUCUU